GCGGCGGGGUGGCUGGGCCGGCGGCGGCGGCGGUACGAGGCGCGCGCUCGGGGUCCCGGUCGCGAGGAGGAGGAGGAUGUGGCGCGCGGAGGGGAAAUGGCUGCCGAAAACAAGCCGGAAGAGCGUUUCCCAAAGUGUAUUCUGCGGAACUAGCACCUACUGUGUUCUCAACACCGUGCCACCUCUAGAAGAUGAUCAUGGGAACAGCAAUAGUAGUCAUGUAAAAAUCUUUUUACCGAAAAAGCUGCUUGAAUGUCUGCCGAAAUGUUCAAGUUUACCCAAAGAGAGGCACCGUUGGAACACUAAUGAGGAAAUUGCAGCUUAUUUAAUAACAUUUGAGAAGCACGAAGAAUGGCUAACCACCUCCCCUAAGACAAGACCACAGAAUGGCUCAAUGAUCCUCUACAACAGGAAGAAAGUAAAGUACAGGAAGGAUGGAUACUGCUGGAAAAAGAGGAAAGACGGGAAGACGACCAGAGAGGACCACAUGAAGCUGAAGGUCCAGGGAGUGGAGUGCUUGUACGGCUGCUAUGUCCAUUCCUCCAUCAUCCCCACCUUCCACCGGAGGUGCUACUGGCUCCUUCAGAACCCCGACAUCGUCCUGGUGCACUACCUGAAUGUCCCAGCCAUCGAAGACUGCGGGAAGCCCUGCGGCCCCAUCCUCUGCUCCAUCAACACCGACAAGAAGGAGUGGGCGAAAUGGACGAAAGAGGAGCUCAUCGGGCAACUGAAACCCAUGUUCCACGGCAUCAAGUGGACCUGCAGCAAUGGAAACAGCAGCUCAGGCUUCUCCGUGGAGCAGCUGGUGCAGCAGAUCCUCGACAGCCACCAGACCAAGCCACAGCCUCGGACCCACAACUGCCUCUGCACGGGCAGCUUGGGCGCGGGCAGCAGCGGGCACCACAAGUGCAACAGUGCCAAACACCGUAUCAUCUCGCCGAAGGUCGAGCCGCGGACAGGGGGGUACGGGAGUCACGCGGAGGUGCAGCACAACGACGUGUCCGAGGGCAAGCACGAGCACAGCCACGGCAAGGGCCCGAGCCGUGAGAAGAGGAACGGCAAGGUGGCCAAGCCCGUGCUCCUGCACCAGAACAGCACGGAGGUCUCCUCCACCAACCAGGUGGAGGUGCCCGACACGACGCAGAGCUCCCCCGUGUCCAUCAGCAGCGGGCUCAACAGCGACCCGGACAUGGCGGACAGCCCCGUGGUCACCGGCGUGUCCAGCAUGGCCGUGGCCUCCGUGAUGGGCAGCUUGUCCCAGAGCGCCACGGUGUUUAUGUCUGAGGUCACCAACGAGGCCGUGUACACCAUGUCCCCCACCACCGGCCCCAACCACCACCUCCUCUCGCCCGACGCCUCUCAGGGCCUUGUCCUGGCCGUGAGUUCCGACGGCCACAAGUUCGCCUUCCCCACCGCGGGCAGCUCGGAGAGCCUGUCGAUGCUGCCCACCAACGUGUCCGAAGAGCUGGUCCUCUCCACCACCCUCGAUGGCGGCCGGAAGAUUCCAGAGACCACCAUGAACUUUGACCCCGACUGUUUCCUCAAUAACCCAAAGCAGGGCCAGACGUACGGGGGCGGAGGCCUGAAGGCGGAGUUGGUCAGCACCAACGUGCGGCACUCACCGCCAGUGGACAGGGCCUUCAGCUUCACCACCGUCCUCACCAAGGAGAUUAAGACCGAGGACACCUCCUUCGAGCAGCAGAUGGCCAAAGAAGCGUACUCGUCCUCGGCGGCGGCCGCGGCGUCCAGCUCCCUCACCCUGACCGCCGGCUCCAGCCUCCUGCCGUCGGGCGGUGGCCUGAGUCCCAGCACCACGCUAGAGCAGAUGGACUUCAGCGCGAUAGACUCCAACAAGGACUACACGUCCAGCUUCAGCCAGACGGGCCACAGCCCCCACGUCCACCAGACCCCGUCCCCGAGCUUCUUCCUGCAGGACGCCAGCAAGCCCCUCCCCCUCGAGCAGAACGCCCACAGCAGCCUGAGCGACUCCGGGGGCACCUUCGUGAUGCCCACGGUGAAAACGGAGGCCUCGUCGCAAACCAGCUCCUGCAGCGGCCACGUGGAGACGAGGAUAGAGUCCGCCUCCUCCCUCCACCUCAUGCAGUUCCAGGCCAACUUCCAGGCCAUGGCUGCGGAAGGGGAGGUCACCAUGGAGACCUCGCAGGUUGCCGAAGGGGGCGAGGGCCUGAUCAAGUCUGGAGAGCUGCAGGCCUGUAGCUCCGAGCACUACCUGCAGCCCGAGACCACGGGGGUGAUCCGCGGCGCCGGUGGGGUCCCCGUCCUCCCGGGCAACGUGGUGCAGGGCCUCUACCCUGUGGCCCAGCCUGGCCUGGGCAACGCCUCCAACAUGGAGCUCAGCCUGGACCACUUUGACAUCUCCUUCAGCAACCAGUUCUCUGACCUGAUCAAUGACUUCAUCUCCGUGGAGGGGGGCAGCGGCACCAUCUAUGGGCACCAGCUGGUGGCGGGGGACGGCGCGGCGCUCUCCCAGUCGGAAGACGGGGCCCGCGCGCCCUUCGCCCAGGCGGAGAUGUGCAUCCCCUGCUGCAGCCCCCAGCAGGGGAGCCUGCAGCUGAGCGGGGCCGAGGGCGGGGCCGGCACCAUGGCCUACAUGCACGUGGCUGAGGUGGUGUCCGCCAGCCCCGCGCAGGGCGCGCUGGGGAUGCUGCAGCCGAGCGCACGGGUGUUCAUGGUGACCGACUACUCCCCGGAGUGGUCAUACCCGGAGGGAGGAGUGAAGGUUCUCAUCACAGGCCCGUGGCAAGAAGCCAGCAAUAAUUACAGCUGCCUGUUCGACCAGAUCUCAGUGCCUGCGUCCUUGAUUCAGCCCGGGGUUCUGCGCUGCUACUGCCCAGCCCAUGACACUGGUCUUGUGACCCUACAAGUUGCCUUCAACAACCAGAUCAUCUCCAACUCAGUGGUGUUUGAGUACAAAGCUCGGGCCCUGCCCACACUCCCUUCCUCCCAGCAUGACUGGCUGUCACUGGACGAUAACCAGUUCAGGAUGUCCAUCCUAGAGCGCCUGGAGCAGAUGGAAAGGAGGAUGGCUGAGAUGACGGGGUCCCAGCAGCACAAGCAGGGGAGCGGAGGAGGCAGCAGUGGAGGGGGCAACGGGACGGGGAACGGAGGAAGCCAAGCUCAGUGCGCUUCUGGGCCCGGGACACUGGGGAGCUGCUUCGAGAACCGUGUGGUGGUCGUGUGUGAGAAGAUGAUGAGCCGAGCCUGCUGGGCCAAGUCCAAGCACUUGAUCCAUUCGAAGACCUUCCGUGGGAUGACCCUCUUGCACCUGGCUGCCGCGCAGGGCUACGCCACCCUCAUCCAGACCCUCAUCAAAUGGCGCACAAAGCAUGCAGAUAGCAUUGAUUUGGAACUGGAAGUUGACCCCUUGAAUGUGGACCACUUCUCCUGUACCCCUCUGAUGUGGGCAUGUGCUCUAGGGCACUUAGAAGCUGCCGUCGUUCUGUACAAGUGGGACCGUCGGGCCAUCUCUAUCCCUGACUCUCUAGGAAGGCUGCCUUUGGGGAUUGCCAGGUCAAGGGGUCAUGUGAAAUUAGCCGAGUGUCUGGAGCACCUGCAGAGAGAUGAACAGGCACAGCUGGGGCAGAACCCCCGAAUGCACUGUCCUCCAAGCGAGGAGCCCAGCACGGAGAGCUGGAUGACCCAGUGGCACAGCGAAGCCAUCAGCUCUCCGGAAAUACCCAAAGGAGUCACCGUUAUUGCAAGUACCAAUCCAGAGCUGAGAAGACCUCGUUCUGAACCCUCUAAUUACUACAGCAGUGAGAGCCACAAAGAUUAUCCAGCUCCCAAAAAGCAUAAAUUGAACCCUGAGUACUUCCAGGCAAGGCAGGAGAAGCUGCUGUCCACUGCACUGAGUCUGGAACAGCCAAAUAUCAGGAAGCAGAGCCCUAGUUCUAAGCAGUGUGUCCCCGAGACAAUCAGCCCCAGUGAAGGAGUGAGGGACUGCAUCCGGGAAACCUCCCCUCCCACUCCAGAGACUGCAGGAUUCCAAGCCUCUGGAUCUCAGCCUGUAGUAAAGUGGAAUUCCAAAGGUCUUUACAUUGGUGUGUCUACAGUACAGGUGACUGGAAAUCCGAAGGGGACCAGUGUAGGAGAGGAUGCAGCACCUUCACAGGUGCGUCCUCGGGGACCCACGAGUGUCCUGAUGAUGGCUAACAGAGAGGUGGUGGAUUCAGAGAUGGGGCCCUACCGUGAUAGCGCAGAGCGCGCGGAAUGCUCACAGCCCAUGGACGAGAUACAGGUGAACAUGAUGACCUUGGCAGAGCACAUCAUUGAAGCCACACCUGACCGAAUUAAACAGGAGAGUUUUGUGCCCACGGAGCCCUCGGCAUUGGAAAGACCAGACACUGCCACCAUCAGCAGUACCAUGAGCUGGCUGGCCAGUUACCUAGCCGAUGUCGACCGUCUGCCAAGCGCUACCCAGAUCAGAAGUGCAUAUAACGAGCCUCUCACCCCUUCUUCUAAUACCAGCUUGAGCCCUGUUGGCUCCCCAGUCAGUGAAAUAGCUUUUGAGAAACCCAGCCUUCCCUCAGCAGCAGACUGGUCAGAAUUCCUGAGUGCGUCUACCAGUGAGAAGGUGGAGAACGAAUUUGCUCAGCUGACUCUUUCUGAUCACGAGCAGAGAGAGCUCUAUGAAGCCGCCAGGCUUGUCCAGACCGCUUUCCGGAAAUACAAGGGCCGACCCUUGCGGGAACAGCAAGAAGUAGCCGCCGCUGUCAUUCAGCGUUGUUACAGAAAAUACAAACAGCUGACAUGGAUAGCCUUGAAGUAUGCACUUUAUAAAAAGAUGACACAGGCUGCCAUCCUAAUCCAGAGUAAAUUCCGAAGUUACUACGAACAAAAAAAAUUCCAGCAGAGCCGGCGUGCUGCUGUGCUGAUCCAGAAGUAUUACCGGAGUUAUAAGAAAUGUGGCAAGAGACGGCAGGCUCGCAGAACAGCCGUCAUCGUGCAACAGAAACUCAGGAGCAGUUUGCUAACCAAAAAGCAGGACCAAGCUGCUCGAAAAAUAAUGAGGUUCCUCCGCCGCUGCCGCCACAGCCCCCUGGUGGACCAUAGGCUGUACAAAAGGGAAAUGAAUAUUUUUGGAACACAGUGGUGUGUGUUAAAUUGCAGACAACAUGCUCUGUGUCAUUCUUAUUGGGCCUCUCUGUCUUUUUUGUUUUGCAAUCCAAAUGAGAUUUCUGGAAAAUGGCAAGAUCUCUCUUUUCCUAAAUUCCCCACGAGCUAUUGCAGCUCUCAGAGCAACAGGUAACUCAUCAGAAAGCCGCAUCUGGCUGCCCUGUAUAUUUUUGACGUCCAGCAUUGCAAGAAUAUACCUGCUGAAAUCCACUGACUCAUGAAACAUUUCUCUGGCUGAGCGUUCCUGAGUAGAUGGAAUGAAGCCGCUUUGCCUUAUGCUUUACCCACGGAGCCAUUGUUUGCUACAAGUUCGGAAGCAGACCCACUCCAUGUGUUCAUGAAUUCUCAUUGGACGUCUGACGGGAAUAAACCCUGUGGGCUUUGCUGGCUUUCAGUGCUGUUGCUUACUACAUCACUUCGGUACAUUAGAAUGCAACAUUUGUUUUUUUUGUUGUUGUUGUU